AUGGAGUACUUUGACUUUGAAGGUGCCUCGUCAGCUCACGAAUCUAAUCACCAGAGUGAUGUUGCUUCGGUCGAUCUAGAAUUUGAUGAAGCCGAUGAACGGGCCGCCAAUUUCAAUUCUCUACUUCAAGACCAGUCUUUGGAAUUCGCCAAUGACCCGCCCGUCCCGGAGACGGCCGAACAGAUCUUGCCAAAUACCAUCAGCCCUGAUUAUGACACCGGGGUCUACCCCAUGUUCCGUGCUGAGCAGCCUUGUGACUUUUGUCGGCGAAUGGGACUUGACUGCUUUGUUGCUAAGCGGGGUGUGAUGCACCAGAACGGUUGCACUUGCUGUAUUUCUCUCUACCGGGAAUGCAGUUUCACCCAUGCCAAAGUUCCUGGCAAGUUCUUGCAGACACUACAUCCAGUGUCAGAGAACGCCUACAUCCCAACAGGCAGUCUGACUGGUAAAAAGGCACUCAAGUCAGUAUCCUAUGGUGGCUUUGGAGACAAUUCGGACUCGCGUGCUCUCAAGAACAACACUCGAUUUUCGCGAAAGGCUAUCAAUGUUCUUAAGGGUUGGCUGCGGGACCACGGCGAGAAUCCCUAUCCCAACGAGACCGAAAAAGACCAACUCAAAGACAAUACGGGAUUGACAAGAACUCAGAUAUCCAAUUGGCUUGCUAAUGCUCGACGACGCGGCAAAGUUCGUCCUACAAGCGGCACUCAAUCUCCUGUUCCAGGCGGCGCAGUCGACAUUCCUGAUCCAAACCUCAAGGAUCCUUCACUCAUGACUCCCAUUGAACGUUGGAAGCACUCACCCCCCGAGAACGAACCUGCUACGAUCAGUGAUAUUGCCCGUGCCUUGGCGAACCCACCAUUUGAUCCGUCACGUCCACGCUUAUCCCAGCCCAGUCACGUGAGGCCCCGUCGCCCUGGAUCUACAAAUGAGUCAAGCCACGCGAGCUCAGACCAUAAAAGAUAUACCGCCUCAGGCAGUAGUUUGGAUACUAGUCAUUCAUCCCUGUCUGAUCUCUCUUUUGCUUCUGCAUUUUCCCAUCGAUCCUCUCGUGGGUCAUUCGGUUCAAUGGACCGUAAAGAACGUCGCCGUCGCCGAAAGGCCUCGCUACCAGUCAAUACUUUCAAUCACCAAAAGGCACGAAAUGUUCGACCCUUCCAAUGCACCUUUUGCACAGAUUCCUUCGCAGCCAAAUAUGAUUGGCAACGUCAUGAAAAGUCCAUGCAUCUGAUAUUAGAUAAAUGGACAUGUUCACCUCAUGGUGGCGUCACUGAAGAGAAUGGCACCCUUCGAUGCGUUUUCUGUUUUGCCAUAAAUCCUGAUAAAGAUCAUUUGGAAACUCACAAUUAUCUCAAUUGUCAAGAAAAGUCUAUUCAAGAAAGGACCUUCUACCGAAAGGACCAUCUCAACCAACACCUUCGUCUCAUGCACAAUGCCAAAUUUCAACCCUGCAUGGAAAUUUGGCAAAGUAGCAUCACCAACAUUAAAUCCCGCUGUGGUUUCUGUGGAUCUACGUUACAUACGUGGAAGGAUCGCGUGGACCACCUCGCUGGCCAUUUCAAAAAUGGAGCGGGCAUGUCACAGUGGCAAGGGGACUGGGGGUUCGAGCCCUACAUCCUUGAACGAGUUGAGAAUGCAAUUCCACCAUACAUGAUUGAUUAUGAGUGGAAGUCGCCUAACCCUUGGACCACUGUGCAGUCACAAGGUGAUGAGACAACCCCAAGGCUGAGCGUACCUGACGAUGCAAAUUGUUAUGACCGUCUAUCAUACGAACUUACCAAGUACAUUCACGACCAAAUAGCACAGGGGAUCGUACCCACAGACGAAAUGAUACAAGCACAGGGUCGACGAGUGAUUUAUGAUUCCGAUGACCCUUGGAAUCAAACUUGUGCCGAUAAUGCUGUCUGGCUCGGUAUCUUAAAGCGAGAUACAGGCUUAGAUACUGCCGUGAACAACGACAUCAUUCAAUACUCAGAUUUGGGGUUACAACCUCCUUUUGCCAUACAUGGUGGUCUGCGUAAUCCUCCUCAAGAAGCAAACAUCCUAGCGCGGGCCAUUUGCCCUGGUGCUCUUCCAAGCCCCGCAGUUUCCAGCCCCGGCAUCCUAAGCCCGACCUAUCCGGGGACCGGUUUCUCUUCAGCGGGCCCUAGUGGCGCGGGGAGUCUUUCAGGGAGUUAUGUCGGUAGUGCAGGGAUGCUCUCUGCUGGCGUGCCGGCAUUUUCAUCUGAUUGGAGCAGUAGCAUCCCCGGCAACGCAUCGGCCUCUUCUGCUCCUGUGGAGGGGUCGGCUGAUCCGUUAGUACAGAUGGGAUUUGAUCCAAUAUUCCUGCAGCGAUUGAACGAUAGCUACAGUGAAUUGACGCCACCGGAGAUGGAGGGCCUGCCUUUGGAUGAGCGUGCAGCUUAUGAAGGCAAUGGAAAACAAAAGUGGGUGGAUCCAGUGACGCAGUCGCAUCCUGUAUUAGGUCUGCCAACACCAGAUCCCAAUGCUAUUCUUCAUUCGAAAGACAGCGGUUCUCCUGUAUCAGGUGAUGCCCAGCAAGGCAUGUCUGCAUAUCAUGAAGAUUCUGGACUUUGA